GGGAAGGUGGCGGCGGCGGCGGGCCCGGAGCAAGAUGGCGCUGCGGCCGGGAACGGGAGCUGGCGGCGGCGGGGCCGCGGGACCUGGCGCGGGGGCUGCCGGCGGAGGCAGCUUCAUGUUUCCAGUUGCAGGUGGAAUAAGACCCCCUCAAGCAGGUCUGAUGCCGAUGCAGCAACAAGGAUUUCCUAUGGUCUCCGUCAUGCAGCCUAAUAUGCAAGGCAUGAUAGGAAUGAAUUACAGCUCUCAGAUGUCCCAGGGACCUAUCGCUAUGCAGGCAGGGAUACCAAUGGGACCAAUACCAGCAGGAGGAAUGCCUUACCUGGGACAAGCACCUUUCCUAGGAAUGCGUCCUCCAGGCCCACAGUACACUCCAGACAUGCAGAAACAGUUCGCCGAGGAGCAGCAAAAACGAUUUGAACAGCAGCAAAAGCUCUUAGAAGAAGAAAGAAAAAGACGCCAGUUUGAAGAGCAGAAGCAAAAGCUCAGACUUCUGAGUAGUGUGAAACCCAAGACAGGAGAGAAGAGUAGAGAUGAUGCUUUGGAAGCCAUAAAAGGAAACUUAGAUGGGUUUUCCAGAGAUGCUAAGAUGCACCCUACUCCAGCAUCACACCCUAAGAAACCAGAUUAUCCCACAUCAUCUCAUUCUGCUAAAACUGUCUCCCCAUCACCAGCCUUUCUUGAUGAAGAAGAAUUCAGUGACUUUAUGCAGGGGCCUGUUGAAGCUCCCACAUGUGGUCCUUCUUCCACUUCCCAGCCUUUUCAGUCUUUCCACCCCACCGCCCCACUUGGCCAGUUGCAUGCUCAGAAGGCUGGAGCACAGUAUAUCCCUCCAGGCCCUUCCUUGGAGGAGAAGCUCCUAGUAUCUUGUGAUAUAAGUACAUCUGGGCAGGAACAAAUUAAAUUAAAUACUUCUGAAGUUGGGCACAAAGCCAUAGGCCCAGGUUCCAGUAAGAACCAUCCCAGUUUAACGGCCAAUAACGGGGGUGCUGUAGAUGGACGUGUAAGUGGUACCACUACCGCAGAGGCAGAAAAGACUUCAGACCAAAACCUGUCCAUUGAAGAGAGUGGUGUGGGAGUAUUUCCCUCACAGGAUCCUGUUCAGCCCAGAAUGCCUCCUUGGAUAUACAAUGAAAGUUUGGUUCCAGAUGCGUAUAAGAAAAUUUUAGAAACCACAAUGACUCCGACUGGAAUAGAUACUGCUAAACUUUAUCCCAUCCUGAUGUCAUCCGGACUUCCCAGGGAAACUCUUGGACAGAUAUGGGCCUUAGCUAAUCGAACCACACCUGGCAAACUUACUAAAGAAGAACUUUAUACUGUUCUCGCCAUGAUAGCAGUAACACAGAGGGGUGUUCCUGCCAUGAGUCCCGAUGCUUUAAAUCAGUUUCCAGCGGCUCCUGUUCCAACUUUAAGUGGCUUUCCUAUGACUUUGCCUACUGCUGUGAGUCAGCCAACUGGGAUGCCUUCAGGCCCUGCAGGCUCCAUGCCCCUCACCCUCGGACAGCCAGUCAUGGGCAUUAAUCUUGUUGGACCAGUCGGGGGAGCUGCAGCCCAGACUUCCAGGGGCUUCCUGUCAACUUACCCUGCAAAUCAGGUGGUCAAACCAGAAGAAGAUGACUUCCAGGAUUUUCAAGAUGCUUCCAAGUCAGGAUCACUUGAUGACUCAUUCAGUGAUUUCCAAGAGUUGCCUGCUUCUUCAAAAUCAAAUUCGCAGCACGGAAACAGUGCCCCUUCUUUGUUGAUGCCACUUCCUGGAACUAAAGGAUCCGCUUCAGUGGAUAAAUAUGCUGUGUUUAAAGGAAUUGCAGCUGACAAGUCCUCUGAAAAUACUGUUCCAUUUGGAGAGCCUGGUGAUAAAUAUAGUGCUUUCAGAGAACUUGAACAGACAGCAGAGAGUAAAUCUUUAGGAGAAAACUUUGCAGAAUUCAGAUCUGCGGGAAAUGAUGAUGGUUUCACCGAUUUUAAAACCGCCGAUAGUAUCUCACCACUAGAGCCACCAGCAAAAGACAAACCUUUUCCGGCAGCCUUCCCCUCAGGAGCUAUCCAACAGAAACCACAAACACAAGUGAAAAAUCCUCUGAACUUAGCAGACCUAGAUAUGUUUUCCUCAGUUACUUGCAGCAGCGAGAAACCAUUGUCCUUUUCAGCUGCAUUUAGUGCAUCAAAAUCUGUUUCCUCACGACCCCAGCUAGCGGGAUCUGCGGCACCCAUGACGACAUUGGCGUCAACUAAAACUUCUAGUUUGGCUGAUGAUUUUGGAGAAUUCAACCUUUUUGGGGAAUAUUCUAGUCCAGCAUCUGUUGGGGAGCAGGAUGACUUUGCAGAUUUUAUGGCUUUCAGUAAUAGUUCUAUUUCAUCUGAGCAAAAGGCAGAUGACAAAUAUGAGGCCCUUAAAGAGGAAAGUAGUCCUGUUCCUCUAAGCAGCAGCGCGAGCAGCACAGUGAAGAACGGACAGAACUCUGCCGCUGCGUCUACCAAAUACGAUGUCUUCAAACAACUCUCUCUGGAAGGAUCGGGACUAGGUGUUGAAGAGCUGAAAGAUAACACUCCCUCAGGAAAGAGUGAUGAUGAUUUUGCUGACUUCCACUCCAGUAAAUUUUCUUCCAUGAACUCGGACAGAUCCCUGGGAGAGAAAGCAGCGGCUUUCAGACACACCAAAGAAGACUCUGCUUCGGUGAAGUCCUUGGAUCUCCCUUCCAUUGGUGGCAGCAGUGUUGGCAAGGAGGACUCUGAAGACGCACUCUCUGUUCAGUUUGACAUGAAACUGGCUGAUGUGGGAGGAGAUCUUAAGCAUGUCAUGUCUGAUAGCUCUUUGGAUUUACCCACAGUUAGUGGCCAGCAUCCUCCUGCUGCAGAUAUAGAGGACUUAAAAUGUGCUGCUUUUGGAACCUACAGUAGCAGUUUUGCAGUGAGCACACUCACGAGCUAUGACUGUUCAGACAGGGAUGGUGCCUCUCAGGGCAGAAAACUCUCUCCAUUUGUCCUCUCAGCAGGAAGCGGAGCCUCCGCAGCUGCCUCGGCCCUUCAAAAGAAAGACACUUCAUUCGGCAGUACCGAAAACCUCCCCAUGACAUCUCUCUCCAAAGUCACAGCCUUCACAAGCGAGGAUGCUCCUCCAGAGACGACCUUCCCAGCUUUUGCCAGUUUUAAAGAUGUGAUGCCACAGGCCAGCGAGCAAAAGGAGUAUAAAAGCGGGGACUACAGGGAUUUCACCAGACAGGACCUGCCUGCGGCUGAACGGAGCCAGGAGGCCACGUGCCCAAGCCCAGCCUCCAGCAGCGCUUCUCACGACACCCCCAAAGAAUGUGCAGAUGACUUUGGAGAGUUUCAAAGCGAAAAGCCCAAAAUCAGCAAAUUUGACUUUUUAGUGGCCAAUUCACAAGGCAAAAUGAAAUCCAGUGAAGAGAUGAUCAAAAGUGAGCUGGCAACCUUUGACCUUUCCGUUCAAGGAUCGCACAAGAGGAGUCUGAGCCUUGGUGAUAAAGAAAUAAGCCGUUCUUCUCCUUCUCCGGCCCCGGAGCAGCCUUUCAGAGACCGCUCCAACACGCUGAGCGAGAAGCCCGCCCUGCCUGUCAUCCGCGACAAGUACAAAGACCUGACCGGAGAGGUGGAGGAGAAUGAGAGAUAUGCAUAUGAAUGGCAGCGGUGCCUGGGGAGUGCCCUAGAGGUCAUUAAGAAGGCCAAUGAUACCUUAAAUGGAAUCAGUAGUAGUUCUGUAUGCACAGAAGUAAUUCAGUCAGCUCAAGGCAUGGAAUACUUAUUAGGUGUUGUUGAGGUGUACAGGGUAACCAAACGUGUGGAGCUGGGGAUAAAAGCCACUGCAGUGUGCAGUGAGAAACUCCAGCAGUUGCUAAAGGACAUCGAUAAAGUAUGGAAUAACCUAAUUGGCUUCAUGUCACUCGCCACACUCACGCAAACACCCAUCAGGACUCAGCCACCGUGUUUCGAAGUUCUCAGAAGCAUUCUCUGCCACCACGCUCCUUUCCCCUUGAGUCGGCCUGAUGAAAAUUCACUGGAUUUUUCCUCUUGUAUGCUACGGCCCGGGAUUAAAAACGCUCAGGAGCUUGCUUGUGGGGUGUGCCUUUUAAACGUGGACUCCAGGAGCCGGAAAGAAGAGAAGCCUGCAGAAGAACAUCCUAAAAAAGCGUUCAACUCGGACACGGACAGCUUCAAGCUGGCGUAUGGGGGACACCAGUAUCAUGCCAGCUGUGCCAACUUCUGGAUCAACUGUGUCGAACCGAAACCUCCCGGCCUUGUCCUGCCUGAUUUGCUCUGAAGUCUCCUGAGAGCUCCUCUGGGAAGUACUGGCUGGGUUUGUUUGUUUUCCAUCACACCCCUUGGGGUGACAGGGACCAAUAAACAGAAUGCGAAUGCUGCAGAGCUCCCCCCGCCGCCAUCAGUCUACGUGAAGAAAUCCUCAGGAGGUGGCACGGGAGGAAGAAAUCCUCAGGAGGUGGCGCGGGAGGAAGAAAUCCUCAGGAGGUGGCGUGGGAGGAGGUGCUGCAGAAGUUCCCAGUCUUUCCCACCGACCACCUUUGCCCCCAGGUUCCCUCGGCCAGUCUUUGGGAUUCGGGGUAAAACUGCUCUACCCAAACUGCACUGGAAGUUUGCUAACUUAUCUCUAGUUCUCUUAAGAUGUUUUAAAACAUGGACCACAAUUUUCUUUAUCUAAGGAAUAUUUGCUGCUGCAGUAUUGAAACUGUGAAGAAUUGACAUUUGAAGAAAACUGGAGUUGGAAGGAUGUUUUGAGCCAGUGUUUUGUGUGUAUCUAGAACACCUACUGUUCUGUGAAGUAGAAUGCAUUUAUCCGUAUUUAGUUUGUUAAUAUCUGACAUGAAUAAAAAGGGGAAAAUUGUGAUUAAACUGAUAUUCUUUUUAUAGAAAAAAUGCUGCUUCUCUCCAUUGGACAAUGGCAGGUGGGUGAGGGCAGAUUUACCAGCUUUACUGUCGCAACCGAACCAAUUCUCUACUCUUUUCGUUCAUUUCUAAGACUGUCAACUUUUAAGAAAACUUUCUGAAAACAUGCCUGGGAACUUUGCAGUGAGAAGAACAUUCAUUUUGAUAGAGGCCUGAAUCUCGGGUAUCGGGGUGAGUAUUGUUGCCCUUAGGCGCCGUCACUGAAAGCCUUGUUUUACCUCACACACAGACUGUGAACGUGAUAUUUUUUUCAGAUGAGAUUUGCAAAGCCAGCUGAAUGAAAUCUCUUUGCAGAGGCCUCUAGCCAAACUUCCAGAAAUGACUGCACAGGGACCAAUACCGCAGUAUCUGUGAGAGACUGGGAAAUUAAUUCAGGGUUAGAAGGUGGAGCUCCUGGUCUAGCGAGGAGAAAAGUAAGGUGUGUAUUUGUGGUUAGAGGCAUGUGACUUAGAAGUAAAGGCAGGAAAUUGUUCAAAAACAGCACUGAGUUUUAGAAGGAAAAGGCUCAUGCUCUCUGGUAUAGGGAAUUUUCUUUGCCACUUAAACUGAAUGCAUAAAAUCCGGGGGAAAAAAGCCAAGUGGUUAAAGACUGUGUUAUUCCUGGGAAGAACCCGCCAAACUAGGACACACGUUUCUCUCAAUUGUUAAUUAUGUGCUUUGUGAAGAGAUUUUGAAUCUUGUGUGUUUCACUUUGUAUGGCUUAAGCUCUCUGACCUAGACUUAGUUUUUAUUUGUAAACUGGAACAGUUGGUUUCGUCUGUGUAAUUGCUGCUUUACAUAAUUAAUUAGAUCAUUUUCCCUCCUGAGGACAAAACUUGAGGAAAUUCUGUUUUGUUCCACCUUACUACCUUUUACUUCCAUCCGCUCCAAGAAAGGUAGACAACGUUUUCAUUCCCGAGCUGUUGAUGAGGCUUCGGCUUCACCUGGCUGCGCGCCAGAGUGCACAGAGAACUGUUGAUGAGGUAAAUCUGUUUUUCUCAUUUGCUCCAGAUGAUACCAUCUCCAGCUACUAAUGACUGGGACUGCUGUCUCUGAACUGUUACCUUUGCCCUCCACAGAGCCAGUGGGUGUUAGUGACAACAAAAGUGGGCUGGUUUCUAGCAGGUUUUGCCUGAGGCCUCUGGGUUCCACUUUAGCCUGUGCAGCACCUAGGGUUUCAACAUGGCACCAAAAUUCAAGCAGCCUUCUAACUGGUCUUACACAUUCCAUGAUAGACCAUGAUAACAAAAUCUACCUUUGCGACAAGAAAUGUCUCCCAGUUUGACAGAAUUUACAUUGCAGAGACAUUUUUUGGAAAUGCUAUGUGGACUAUUAUUCUGUCACAGUGGUCCAUACUGAUGACAUUUUAGAAAGUAUGCUCACCUGUUAACUAGAUUGGCUUCCAUUUCUAGAUAUAUUCCAGAAUGCCUCAGAUACAAUUCGUAAGUAUAAUUACUGCUGACCUUACCAAGUAUCAUAGGUUUAGUCACUCCAUGGGAGGUGCCAGGGGAAGAUACAGCAGACAUCAAUAAAAAGCCUUUGGUAUGAAGAGUAUUCACUACUUUCAGUUAUCUGUUUAGUACUGGAGAUGUUUUAUUAGAUCCACCAAUAAAGAUCUGGGGAGUGUAGAAUACCAUUGCAUUGAUUUUCUUUAUG